CUGUAUAUGAGUCAAAGCAUAUUGGUGACAGUAAUGAACCAUUCCAUGUUUUUAAAAGACGUGUAGUCGGAACACAAUACAGUGGAGGAGGAGGAGGAGGAGGGGGAUUUAGGUGUAAAAUAUUUCAAUCUGUAUCUUUUUACUCAUGAUGACGGGAAGUUUGUGGGAAUCCACCUGUCCUCCUUUGGGCCGUGCUGAUUGGCUGUCAUGAGGCUGAGGUACAGCAGUCAAACAGUAACGAUUUCAGAGGAGCUGCUGAGUGCAGACAGGUGCAAACCACUGGAGGAUUAACACUGAGAUAAGAUGUGGAUAUUUCACUUAUCGUUUGCCCUUCUGUCUGUCAUACAGAUAUACUAUGGUGUGGCUUCAGGAUGCACCUUUGUGACGCUGACGUCUCCCUCAGCAUCUACCCUGAAUGUGGAAUGGAAUAGCUACCCUAGAGCUUCUGUUUAUCUUUUAGAUUUAAGAAUUGUGAACUCAACYAGUGUCCCCCCAGUUGUACUGAUGCAGGCAGCCCCCAACACCAAGAGGUUGGUGCAGGGGUUAAGAUCAGGACAACUGUACCAAGUCACAGUGAAGGCCUUUGAGAUUCUGUACAAUCCUCUGUGCACAGCCAUCAAUGUAACCAUGACAGUGCCUGCUACGUCCCAGUUCACAUAUUCCAAAGCUCUUUCGAGCACGUCCAUAAAGUUUGAGUGGACGAACGUGACAGGGGCGGACAGCUACAUCCUGUUUGUCGAGGAGACAAUGACUUCUACAGCAAAGAUUUACAAUAAAACCUACACAACCACCAGUGCUCAGGUGGACGGCCUGACUCCCUCGACAACAUACGCGUGUUACGUUUACUCCUUCAACCGCGCAGGACGAGGAGCCAAAAGCAACAUAAGGACAAUAUUAACCUUGGUGCAGCCACCAACCGGUGUGGCUCUGAUGCKAACAGGAAAGAGCACAGCUCGAGUAACGUGGAACCCUGUUAACAAAGUCCUGAUUUACCAAGUGAGUGUGACCGACACCAAACACCCCAGCAACGCCCCGGUCAUCCAAACAACAUCAGCCACCUACAUGGAUAUCAAUAACUUGGAACCCUGCUCCACCUUCAUAGUGGGAGUUUCAUCAGUAAAUGCCUUCCUGGACCCUGGAGAGCCAUCUAAUAUAGGAUAUACCACUGCUACAAUUAAUGGAGUGACAACAGUCUCUGCGACCUACAGCUGCUCCCAAAGCAUUGUAACCGCUACGUGGGAUUUGGUGUUUGGGGCCACCUCGUACAGGGCCACAGCUGUGGAUAGCACGGGCAUCUCCCUGAAUUGCACUUCAACCUCCACUAGCUGCGAGAUCCCCAUAAACAAAUGUGGUGAGAAGUACCAGGUCUACGUGACGGCGAUCUCUACUGACUGUGAGAGCACCUCCAACGUCACCUCCACGUUCGAGACAGUCCCCUGCGCUCCCGCUCUCACUCAGACUCAACAUGAUUGUUCCUCCAACGUCAUCAUUUACACCUGGCAGCCAACCAACAACACCUUAUACUACGUGGCUGAGGCUACGGACAGCACUGGUGCAAUAACAGAGUGUAAGACUCUGGACAACGUGUGCUACUUCACCGAUACUCAGUGUGGUCAGUUCUACAAAUUCACAGUGUACGCCAUCAGCUCUGGGUGCAACACGCAAGUCAGCGAACCCAAGUUUGUUCCCACCUCUCCUUGUUUACCAACAAACGUAAAGACAAAUGCUGACUGUAGCUCUAACAACCUCGUCACGACGUGGGACUCAUCUACAGGAGCGUUGUUGUACACCGUAAAUGCGGAGGGAAACAAUGGGGAAACCUACAACUGCUCCUCUAUGAGCAACAACUGUACAAUCACCGGAGUGCCGUGUGGUCAACAACUCAGCAUCUGGAUUGUUGCCUCCAAUGAGCACUGCUCCACUGACAACGUGCUGGGGCAAUCUGCUCAGACAAUUCCAUGCACUCCCACCAACGUCUCGGCCUCAGCGUCAUGCAGCCAAGAUUCUGCCACCGUUUCCUGGAUGCAGAGCUAUGGGGCAUUACUUUACUUUGCUGUUGCUGAAGACGCAACUGGAAAUUACUAUUACUGCUACUCACUGGGUAACAGCUGUUUGAUUCAAGGCUUGAGUUGUGGACAGAUUUAUACCUCUAAAGUUAUUGGUACCAAUCUCAUGUGCAACAGCACAGACAGUCAAGAGGCCAUUUUUUCAACAGGACCUUGCCCUCCAACAAAUAUAAAUGCAUCCAGAGAUUGCGAUGCAAAUCAUGCUGUGAUUCUCUGGCAGGACCAACAGGUUUUGGGUCUCCAUACCGCAAUAAUACAGGAUCAAAGUGGCAGUUCCCUCAAUUGCACCAGCAACACAGGCAAUAGCUGUACAAUCCCCACUGUGCCUUGUGGAAAAAAGUACAAUGUCUUUGUCACUUACACUGAUGGAGACUGUGUGUCCACCUCAACAAAUGUCAUCAUGAACUCUGUGCCAUGUGGUCCUGAGGAUGUGAAGGCCAGUGUCAGCUGUGGAACAAACGAGCUGACUGUCACGUGGAACAUCUCAGUUCCUGCAGAGAACUACACCACCAUUAUCUCCAGUGGAAUAGGUCAGAAUCUUUACUGUAACUCCUCUCGGACCCAAUGCACCACGGGAAGUCUGCCGUGUGGAAACGCGUACACAGUGACCGUUUUCUCCGUCAAUGGGACGUGCUUCAGCCUGCCAAGCUCACAGAUCACCGUGCAAACAUUGCCGUGUCCUCCCACCGAUGUCACAACUGUGCACAGGUGUGCUCCAGAUCCUGUCCCUGUGUUGUGGACUUCAAGUGGUAAUGCCAAACAAUACAUUGCCGUGGCUGAGAGCAGCACAGGUCACAGGGCUGAGUGCACAACCAACAACACUUCUUGCAACCUUUCUGGACUACUUUGUGGAGAGACUUACAGCAUCAGUGUUGCAGGGGCUGAUGACACCUGUACAGGUCAACAGAGCAGCACGCACACCCUGAAAACAGAGCCAUGCCCUCCAGACAAUGUGACGAGUCAGUUGAUGUGUAGCGACAGAGCAGCUUGGGUGUUCUGGACCCCCACUGCGAACGCGUUGAGCUACGAUGUAAAGGCUACCGGCCAAGGUCCAACGAUCACCUGCAGCAGCUCCUCCACUAACUGCACUUUGAGUCACCUGGUCUGCGGCCAAGUGUAUGACAUUCAAGUGUCUGCCUCCGAUGGUACCUGUGUCAGCAACUCCAGCACCCCCUUCAGGCAAGACCAAGUUCCCUGUGCUCCAGAGAACGUCACUACAAAUCUGCUGUGCGGCUCCAGUGACCUCAUGGUCAGCUGGAUCUCCUCUCCACUGCCCUUAAACUACAGCGUCAUUGCCAAGUCUCUGGAUAACAAUGCCAGUCUGCUCACCUGCCACACUAACAACCCCAGCUGUGUCUUCAGUGGUCUUCUGUGUGGACAGACUUUUAAUGUUUCUGUCAAAGCCUCAUCUGGCAGCUGCAGUGGACCUUACAGCUCAGCACAGACCGUCCACACAGCUCCCUGUUCGUCUCAGAGUUUAACUGCGGUGACAGGAUGUGGUGCAAACUCUCUUGUCGCCUCCUGGGGUGCUUCUUCUGGUGCCUUGUUUUACACAGCAACAGUGACCGGCCCCAGUGGCUUCUCAGAAAACUGCUCCACGUCAGAUCUCACAUGCUCUUUCUCCAGCCUGCAGUGUGCCACUACCUACAGCGUCAAAGUAACGUCUCAGGGCAGCCUAUGCCCCAGUGAAUCCACUCAAACUGUUGCAAUGACAGGGCCAUGUGAUCCAAUAAAUGUGACCAGCAGCCUCCAGUGUAGCUCAGAUACAGCUGUGGUAUCUUGGGUUGAAAAGGCAAAUGCUAUGGCCUACACUGUUCUGGCUCAGGAAGGCUCGUCGGAUCAGUACAUUUCCUGCAGGACUAGCACAACUUCCUGUCAGCUGAAACCCCUGCAGUGUGGCAAAGUUUACAACCUGACUGUGUUGGCUGAGGAUGCCACCUGCAACAGCACAGGAACCAGAGGAGUGCUGAUAACAGCUCCAUGCUCUCCGACGAUACAAAGCAGCACUCUGAUCUGCGGCAACCGUUCUGCUCUUCUGUCCUGGACAACGACGGCUCACGCCACAGGAUAUUCAGUCAAAGCAACAGCUGCAGAUGGGACCAGCAGUUCCUGCAGUUCGGUCACAGGUUCAUGCACCCUAACAGACCUUGUGUGUAGUAAGACCUACGCGGCCACAGUCACGGCCAAAGGAAACCAYUGUGACAGCACACCUGGAUCUAGCAUUGACAUUACCACAGCUCCCUGCUCUCCAGCGAUCAUAUCCAAAGAGUACACCUGUGGAGCCAACACGGCUGCAGUCAGUUGGUCUAAACCUGCGGGAAGCAUCAGCUUUUAUGCUCAGGUGGUAGGAGAAGACUAUCAAGAGAGCUGUCGCACAGCAAACUCAACCUGCGUGUUCAAAAAUCUUCCAUGUGGUUUGGAUUUCAACGUAAGUGUCUCAGCUCAGGGAGCUGAGUGCGACAGCGGCGUCAGUGUCAGCGAACCCCUUCAGACAGCCCCAUGCGCCCCGCAGCAUGUGAGCACCACCAUCCUGUGCUCCAACCACUCAGCCCUGAUAUCGUGGACGGGGAGUCUUGGUGCUGUCGGAUACAACGUGACUGUGACGGGUCAGAGUGGAGUCAGCUACCAUUGCCAAACUGGCUCCACCAGCUGUCAAAUCCCUGACCUCCCCUGUGGUGAAACCUACAGCGCCACAGUCACACCGUACUCCCUGUCGUGCACAGGAACCCCGAGCACAGCCUACAACUUCAGAGCAGGACUCUGCGCUCCCAGUAACGUCACCGUGUCUACGGUUUGUAAGGACAGCGCCGUCUCUUGGUCAAACGUACCCGGGGCAGAAAUGUUCAUCGCGACGGCAACUGCAGAGGAUGGCUACGCUCACACCUGCAGCUCAAACUCUUCAAACUCCUGCAACUUCACUGAGCUCCACUGUGGGGAAAUCUACUCGGUUCAGGUUGUAACAGUGGAUCAAGGCUGCUGGAGCGAGCCCAGCUCAGCAGUGCAGCUAAAGGCCGCUGUGUGUCCACCUGCUAACCUGACUGGCCGAGUUCUGUGUGACACCAACACUGUGAUCCUCUCAUGGAGCCCAGUGUCAGGAGCUACAUACGUUCUACAGCAGGACAUGAUGCACAGCACAUCCCCUUCUUUAACAGAGCACCAAACCUCCGACACCUCACUGUCUUUGUCUGGCCUGCUGUGUGGGGAAAGAUAUUCUUUCCGCAUCGCAGCUCAGGAGGCAAACUGCGAGAGCCGCUUCAGUCAGCCUGUGGAAAUAAGUACAGCUCCUUGCCAGCCCACAAACCUAAGUGUUCGUGUGGAUUGCGGCACAAACAAUGGGAAUUUCUCCUGGAUGAACAGCAGCGGCGCAUGUUUCUACAGGCUUCAGGCGACAGGAGAGGACGGACACGUGGCGUCCUGCUCCUCCAACGACACUUCCUGCUCCGUGAAGCUUCACUGCGGCCUCGAGUACUCUGCAACACUGGUGGCCUCCACCAAGAGCUGCAACAGCACCAAACACGCCAACAUUUACUUUAAGUCCGCUCCGUGCCUGCCAGGCAGUGUUGUGGCUGACCUGGACUGCAGCAACAACAGGAUGACUGUGAACUGGAACAAYACCUCCGCCUCAGACAGGUACACCGCCUGGGCCAUCGGGGAAAACCAACACAGCCUCUCCUGUAACACCACAUCCAACAACUGCUCCAUCCGCGAACUCAAGUGUGGCGCGGUCUACGAGGUGGCUGUCACCUCCACGUCCAUGAGCUGCGAGGCCCUCGCUGGCUCUGACUACAAGGUUCAGUCCGCCCCCUGUAAACCCGAGAACCCCACCGCCGAGCUGAACUGCAGCUCCAACGUCAUGACAGUGAAGUGGGACAACAACWACACGACUCAGAACUUCACGGUUAAAGCCACGUCUGCUGCAGGCGUGAGCUCCACCUGCGAGUCCACGGGGAGCAGCUGCUCCCUCCUGGCCCUGAGCUGUGGUCAGCUCUACACUCUGACCGUGACGGGAUACACCAACGUGUGCAUCAGCGACAUGGUCACGCUCACAGACAGGCACACCGCUCCGUGUCCUCCAACCAGCGUGUCGGCUGAGCUGAACUGCUCCACCCACAGCGCUCUGAUCAGCUGGACGAACGCUGCUGCAGCUGGAGCCACGGCCUACAGAGUCCAGGCGACCUCCUCCACUGGAUACAARGCCUCCUGUGAUGCUGCGGCCACCUCCUGCUACCUCGACAACCUGAUGUGUGGUCAGCAGUACUCCGUUGUUGUGGGGGGCAUUCAGGGCGGUUGUUCUGGUCCUGUCAGUGCUCCAGCCACGCUCACUACAGAGCCCUGCGUUCCUUUGAACGUCCUCGUCACCUACAARGUGAGCACCGCCUGGGUGUCGUGGAGCGCCGCGGAUGGUGCCGGCUCAUACUCUGUCCGAGCUGUGGGGGACCAGGUCCCGGUGGUCUCCUGUGACACCAGCGACACCGGCUGCUUCCUCGGCGGUCUUCAGUGCAGUCAGAUAUACAACGUCACGGUGACGGCACGAAACCAGGCCUGUGACAGCUGGACCUCUGCAGUCUCCCACCUCCUGACAG